UGAGUUAAUUUUUACGAGUAGCAACACUGCAGUGUACCGAGUAGUAAAAUGUCUGCUACGAAAGGAUCGAAAAAUAAUUUAAACAAAAUGAUUCAGUAGCCAUAGCUAAAAUCAAUUAAAGAUAACGGAAUAUUCAGAUGCUGCAGAAAUUACAAUGGAACACAUUUGUGAGACAGACAAAACAAUAAGCUGCAUGCCUUAAAUUGUUUUAAAAAAAGUAGAUUUUUUACAUGAAUCUCAUAGGACAUAGUGAUAGUGUAAUGUGAGUAUGAAGAUGUGUGUAUGAAGUGAUUUGUCCCAGUGCUGACAUUUAGUGAGUGAUCGAUGGUUGACGGUCUAAACGGUGCCAACAUGUCUGAUGAGGAGGAUUCUUCACCUGAUCGGGCGCUGGGACCCACCAACAAUGUACCAGUGCUGGGCAUCAAACGUCUCAAACAGAUCGAGACGAUGUUCAUAUCCCGACGGCUCCAGGCUCCAAGGACCCAUGGUCUUAGCGUGGAGACCCUGGUCGAUAUGUUGCUGGUCCUAUACGACGAAUGCUGUAACAGCAGCCUUCGGAGGGAGAAGGCGGUAGCCGAUUUCAUAUCUUAUGUAAAACCUGUGGCGACAGCGCUGAAGAGACUACGGUUGUCCCGAGAUGACUUCGAGCUGGUGAAGGUGAUUGGACGCGGCGCCUUCGGAGAAGUUUGCGUCGUCAGAGCCUCGUUUAUGCAGGGCACUGAUGGCGGUAACCUAACCACUUCGACUACGGGGACCACGGGCACCGGGGAACGUGUAUACGCCAUGAAAAUACUCAACAAAUGGGAGAUGCUCAAGAGGGCGGAGACGGCGUGUUUCCAAGAGGAGCGCGACGUGCUCGUGUUUGGCGACAGGCGGUGGAUCACAAACCUACAUUACGCCUUCCAGGAUGAACACAACUUGUACCUGGUAAUGGACUACUACUGCGGCGGCGACCUGCUGACGUUACUAUCGAAGUUCGAGGAUCGUCUCCCGGAGGACAUGGCCAAGUUCUACAUCGCUGAAAUGGUGCUAGCCAUACAGAGCGUGCACGAACUUAGAUAUGUUCAUAGGGAUAUAAAACCAGACAACGUAUUACUAGACGCGAGUGGUCACAUUCGUCUAGCAGACUUCGGUUCCUGUCUCCGGCUUGGAGAAGAUGGCAAGGUGCAGAGCAAUGUGGCAGUCGGCACACCUGAUUAUAUCUCGCCGGAGAUAUUACGGGCUAUGGAAGAUGGCCAGGGAAGGUACGGGCCGGAGUGUGAUUGGUGGUCGUUGGGUGUAUGUAUGUACGAGAUGCUAUUCGGCGAGACCCCGUUCUACGCGGAGUCUCUAGUGGAGACGUACGGCAAGAUCAUGAACCACGCGCGCUCCUUCCACUGCCCACCUCCUGAUGAUCAUGCUGCACAGGUUUCAGAAGAGGCGAAGGAUUUAAUCCGCAGACUGAUUUGCUCUUCCGAGAAUAGAUUAGGAAAAAAUGGACUGCAAGACUUUAAGAAUCACCCAUGGUUCGCGAACCUGGACUGGGAGAAUCUCCGCGAGAUGCAAGCACCGUUUGUACCGGACGUGUCCAGUCCCACCGAUACUUCUAACUUCGAUGUUGAUGACACUGAUAUCAGGUUGUCGGAGGCGGUCCCCCCGCCGUGCGCGUCGUCCGCGUUCUCCGGGCUGCACCUGCCCUUCGUGGGCUUCACCUUCACGGCCGGCUCGCGGCUCUCCGACCUCGGCGCGCCCGCCAGCCCGCUCAGUCCUGCCAAGAAUGCGCCUAGUCAGGCACCAAGUAACGCGGGCGAUCGAGCGGCGCUAAAAGCUUUAGAGCGAGAAAACGCGUUGUUAGCUCAGACCAUCGCAGAACUAAGGGCCGGGGGCGCUGCGCCAGAGGGCGCUAGUGAAGAUUUAAUACAACUGAAAGAAGAAUUGGCGACGUUAUCGAAGAGGAAUGCUGAUUUAGAGGCUCAAGUUAGAUGUUAUGAACAAUUGAAUACUGGCAUUAGUACGCAGGAUAUGCCAGCGACCCCACAAGAGAUGGCGACCCGUAUUCGCGAGAUGGAAGUCAUCAUCCAAGCUCUGAACAUGGAGAAGGAGGAACUAUUGAAGGACAAAACUGAUUCUGCUGAGAAACUUAGGCUGCAGGACAAAGAGCUAAAGGACGCACUAUCACAACGUAAGCUUGCGAUGACGGAGUACAACGAGGUCACUGAACGACUGUCUGAACUCAGGCAACAGAAACAGAAGCUCUCGCGGCAGGUCCGCGACAAAGAGGAAGAGUUAGAAGUAGCGAUGCAGAAGAUAGAUGCGUUGCGCCAGGACAUACGGCGCGCUGAGAAGGGACGCAGGGAACUCGAGGCUAGACUCGACACUGCUAUCUCUGAGGCUACCAAGGAGCGCAAGUUACGCGAGGAGUCAGUCCGCAGCGCGCGCGUGGACAGCGCCGCGCCGCCCGCCUCCGCCGCCGCCGACGUCGCGCGCCUGCAGGCUGAGGUCGACACUCUCGAGCUACAAUACAAGGAAUCGCUAGCGCAGCAACAGGCGCGGUUCCAGGCGGAGUUGGCCGCGCUCAAUGACCAACUGCAGGAGGGAGACGCAUUGCGCAAUGUUCUCAAUAGAGAGUUGCAAACAUCGAAGGAGAAGUUAGAAAGUCGUCGUCUGGAGCAGUUGUCAGACAGUGAAGACAAACAGAUGCUUAUGAAUGAAAACAGGAAGCUCGCUAAGGACCUCGACGCUGUGAAUAGCAAAUUGGCAGAAAACGGUAGAAGAUGGCAGGCAGAACGAAGACAGAUGGAGAUAGAGUUAGAAGAAUUGAGAGCUAAACGAGAUACCAUGCAGCAUUGGGAGACACAGAUAGCCGACAUAAUCCGAUGGGUGGCUGAUGAGAAGGAGGCGCGAGGCUACCUACAGGCGCUAGCUACUAAGAUGACUGAAGAAUUGGAGUAUCUUAAACAUGCGAGUGCCUCUCGUUCCUCGCUAGUAGUAGCGUCGUCCCCUCCGUCGGGCGGGAAUGAAGCGCGCGGCACUGGCGGCUGGAGGAACCGACGCUCGCAGAAACUGGACAAGAUGGAGAUACUCACACUACAGUCCUCGCUGCACUCCGAGAUACAGGCUAAGCAGGCUGUAGGGGAGGAAUUGUCUAGGACCCGGGCUGAACUGCUCGCUAGUCAAAGAGAACUACUAGAAACCCGACAACGAUUGGACUCCCUUGCGCACGAUAUGAAGCGCAAGGAGCAACAUAUUCGCGACAUGCAAGCGAGACUCGACGCGCCGCACCAACCCGGUAACUCCUCCAGGCAAGGAUCGGCGAAAUCUUCAAGUUACUGGAGUGGCAAAGAAGAGAAUGUUUUGGAUCGACCACCGUCUCAGAUGAGCUACUUAGACCAAUUCCUCAAGGAAGCGCCGACGGAACGGCACUACGAUAACGUGGCUACUAUCAACGAGCAAAAGAUGUCGCCGCAGUACCGAUACAGGAACCAACAUUGUUGUAAUGCGAAGUUAAUGUACGGCUCCCAACAAUCGGCCGCAUUGAGUGGGUCGGUGGAACUACAGGACGAAUUGGAAGGGCCUCGGGCGUCCUCACCGGCCUCCAGCAAGAGUUCCCCUAGUGAAAUAUCCACAGUUAGUAUGGAUCCAUCGCUGGGCCCCACGGUGCCAGGCAAGCAGAAGGUCCAUCAGUUCUUGGUGAGGACGUUCAGCAGUCCUACGAAGUGCAACCAUUGUACGUCGCUCAUGAUGGGUCUGACGCGGCAGGGCGUGGUGUGCGAGACGUGCGGGCUGGCGGUCCACACGUGGUGCUGCGCGCGCGUCGCGCCGCGCUGUCCGCUCCCCGCCGCCGCCGGCCGCCGCCCGCUCGGCAUCGACCCCGCGCGCGGACAGGGCACCGCCUACGAGGGAUACGUCAAGGUCCCGAAGCCCGGUGGCGUGAAGAAAGGGUGGAUGAGACAGUUUGUGGUCGUGUGUGACUUCAAACUGUUCCUCUACGACAUAUCGCAAGAUCGUAACGCGCUCCCGUCGGUAUGCGUGAGUCAGGUGCUAGACAUGCGUGACCCGGAUUUCAGCGUGACGUCAGUGAAGGAGUCUGACGUCAUACACGCCAGCAAACGGGACAUACCUUGUAUAUUUAGGAUAUCAACGUCCCAACUGGAAGGCGGCAAGAGAUCUCAUACACUGAUGUUGGCGGAGUCCGAGUCAGAAAAGACCAAGUGGGUCGUCGCACUCAGUGAACUGCACAGGAUACUCAAGCGGAACAACCUGCCGGACAAAUGUGUAUACAGCGCGUGCGUGCUACUGGACUCGACGGCGGCGGCGACGGUCCGCAACGCGCUCUGCGCCUGCGUCCUGGAGCGGUCCCGGGUCUGCAUCGGCGGCGAGGCCGGCCUGUGCCUGCUGGACCUGGAGCGCGCCGAGCUCACGCCGCGCCGCCAGCACGCGCCCGUCACCACCGUCGCAUACGUGCCGCAGGAACAGUUGCUCGUGGUAAUAGCGGGCCGCGGUCGACACGUCCGCUUAGUACCGAUCCGAGCGCUAGAAUGCGCAGAAGUGGAGUGUAUCAAGUUAGCAGAAAGCAAAGGCGCGCUCUCAUUGGCUGCCGGCCCGUUAGGACAUUCUGCACAUGGAUUCGCUGUACUGUGUAAAAAGCAGAACGCGUACGUGGUGAACGUGUACGAGAUAACCCGCACGGCAGCGCGACGAGUUCGAGUGGCCGAACUACGCGCGUGUGGCGCCGUACUGAGUCUACAGCUGGCGGGCGCGCGGCUACUGCUGGGGUACCGCGGGGGCAUCGCCGCGCACUGCCUGCCCGACCCGCGCCGCCCGCAUCACGACCAGCCCGCCGUCUGUCAGUAUACAUGUACAUACAUACUCACUACGUACUGGUACAUCGCGCGCACUGCCUGCCCGACCCGCGCCGCCCGCAUCACGACCAGCCCGCCGUCUGUCAGUAUACAUGUACAUACAUACUCACUACGUACUGGUACAUCGCGCGCACUGCCUGCCCGACCCGCGCCGCCCGCAUCACGACCAGCCCGCCGUCUGUCAGUAUACAUGUACAUACAUACAUACACUACGUACUGGUACAUCGCGCGCACUGCCUGCCCGACCCGCGCCGCCCGCAUCACGACCAGCCCGCCGUCUGUCAGUAUACAUGUACAUACAUACUCACUACGUACUGGUACAUCGCGCGCACUGCCUGCCCGACCCGCGCCGCCCGCAUCACGACCAGCCCGCCGUCUGUCAGUAUACAUGUACAUACAUACUCACUACGUACUGGUACAUCGCGCGCACUGCCUGCCCGACCCGCGCCGCCCGCAUCACGACCAGCCCGCCGUCUGUCAGUAUACAUGUACAUACAUACUCACUACGUACUGGUACAUCGCGCGCACUGCCUGCCCGACCCGCGCCGCCCGCAUCACGACCAGCCCGCCGUCUGUCAGUAUACAUGUACAUACAUACAUACACUACGUACUGGUACAUCGCGCGCACUGCCUGCCCGACCCGCGCCGCCCGCAUCACGACCAGCCCGCCGUCUGUCAGUAUACAUGUACAUACAUACUCACUACGUACUGGUACAUCGCGCGCACUGCCCGACAGUAUACACUAUAUACACGCAUCGACCUACUCACUACACUAUACACAACAAAUGCCUUACACACACUGACUUUACACACACAAAUUCCUCACACACUCGCUUUUUACGCGCGAUUUCCAUACACCCACGAGUUCCUUAGACGCAUUCGCUUUACGUACACGAAUUCGUUACGCACACUUAAACAGUACCCCGUGUCCACAGCGCUGGUGCACCCCGAGAACCAGGUGAGCGUGUUCCUGUCGCACUCGGGCGCGCGUCCGCUGGGCGCGGCGCCGCUGGCCUGCGGCGACACGCUGCUGGUCUUCAACUCGCUGGCGCUGUACGUCGACCGCGCCGGCCACCGCGCGCGGGACACCGAGCUCAUGUACACCGCGCAUCCCACGCACCACGCAAUCAACGACACACAUCUUCUAAUAUUCACUGCGACGCAUAUCGACGUGUACGACAUUGAAACUGGCGACUGGGUGCAAACUAUGAAUAUACCGAGCGCCCGGCCGCUGGACGAGACAGGUUGGAUCUGUUGCGUGGGCGGCGGCAGCGGGAACGGGUUCCCAUUCUCUACUGACGCCGCUCCAUUCAUCAUUUACCUCCGACCUUUGUUGACACAUCCGCGAGCGUCGGACCCACCGCUGAGCGUAGACACGUCCCUAUGGGGCAACAAGAGAAGGUUCUCAGUACGGGAACAGUCACACCAAGCUAUUGAAGCGCACAAUAGAUUAUCAGAAAGACGGUCCCGUCUAAUAUCAGCCCCUACAAACUUCGCGCACCUGUCCCACAUGGGCCCCGGGGACGGGAUCCGGUCGCAGAGACUGUUAGACCUGCCCACCACCGUCGAAACUGCCGAUGAUCAUCCACAGAUGUACAGUAGUCGAGAAAGUAGUAAACGAACGUCACCGUUAACGAUAUCGCACGGUACUGGAUCCUAUAACGGUUCCUGGAGAAGUGCAGGUCGUCGUGACGCCCCGUGCGACCCCCCCGCGUCCCCCCCACGUAUGGAGCGGUCGCUGGGGGGCGGCUCGCAGGGGAGCGGCUCCCUACUGGAGCGGUCCAUCACUCCACUCAGCCUGGGCAGCAUGAGCUCACUGCAUGAUGUGCUGAAGGUUGGUACGGAGUUAGGUGACGGUCUGCAUUCCGAGGACAGUAGUUGUGGAGCUUCACCGCCGCAUCCUAUGGAUCCUUGAUGAAACCAGCUGAACUCAUCAUGGACACUUGACAUGUCCCGUUUCUACGCUUGCUUUUGUUAAAACAUUGUAUUAGUUGCGAUCGGGACUACAAACUGUACCUUGUGUCCUAUACACAGAGUUCAAAAUGCCGUAGCAAGCGAUGCUUUAAAAACUUUAAAUUAUACACUGCUAUAUUUGUGAUAGAUAUGAUUUAAAAACAAAAUAAUUUAUUUAAUAAAAUGUAAAUAUUCAGGAUGACAAUAAUGAUUAAUAAACUGUACAAUAUGUACAAAUACUUCUCUGCCUACCUCUUGUAGGAUAUAGGCGUUAUGUUUUACUAAUUAUGUAUUACAAAGAAACUUUUUAGUUCUAUAUUAGUUAGCACACAUACAAACUUAAAUUAAUUUUUAAUCUGUAUAC